AUGGAGCAGGAGUGCUUGGCUCUUGUUGCUGCCUGCAUUCAAACCUCCCAGUUGCUAGUGCAGCAAUGGAUGCUCAACAGGCGCACUGUGAUUUUUGCCAUAGCUAGGAUUCUGCAGCGGAGGCGCUUCCGCAGAUCUGCUGCAGUGCUGAGGCGUAUCCUCUCUGCUAGCGUCCGCCGCAAGAGAGCCUUGCUGCGGCUUCAUCGAAAUGCUAUUGUCUCAGUGGUCACCAUGGUGUAUUCGUCUUCUCCUGCUCUCCACUAUGAGCAUGAACUGAUGGCCUUGUCUGAGCGGUCUCACUGGAUGCUUCCAAGAUGCAGUGAGUGGUGGGAGCGGAUGAUCUCUUCAGAGCAGGAUGACAAGUGUUGGAUUUCUUUGUUCAGGAUGUCACGCUCCACUCUUAUGUAUAUUGCAGAGGAGUUGCGCCCUGCUCUGCAGCGGCGAGACACUGGAAUGAGGUCCCACAUCCCCGUUGAAAAAAGAGUUGCAAUGACCAUCUGGAAGCUAGCUCACCAUGAUAGUUAUAAGACUGUUUCUGAACUCUUUGGUGUUGGGAUUUCGUCUGCUUGCUCGAUAUUUGAAGAGGUAUGCGAGGAAAUAAACAGCAGGCUCCUUGCCCAAACAAUUGAGCUGGGAGAUCCUCAGAAAAUCAUGGAAGGUUUCAAGGAGAUGGGCUUCCCCAACUGCCUUGGCGCUAUUGAUGCAGUGCACAUUUCCAUCCUGUGUCCCCCGUUUUCUGCUGAUUCCUACAUUAAUUGUAAGGGCUUCUACUCAAUGGUGCUGCAGGCACUGGUGGACAGUAAAUCCCGUUUCACUGAUAUCUAUGUUGGUUUUCCUGAACGAUCCCAUGACUCCCGCAUCCUACACAACUCACCUUUUUUCAACAGUAUGGAUGAUGGCACCUUUGGGCCACAAACUACAACAGUUUUGGAAGGUGUUUCAAUGACCCCUGUCAUAAUUGGGGAUGCUGCCUACCCACUUCGUCCCUGGCUGAUGAAGCCAUACCCCACUCCCAAAACUACGGCACAAGAGCAAUUCAAUGAGAGACUAGCUAAAUGCAGAGUAUGUGUGGAGAGAGCAUUUGGAGUCCUCAGAGCUCGCUGGAGAUGCUUGCAAAUGAGACUAGAUGUGAGGGAGAAGCUCAUUCCUGUAGUCAUAGCUACCUGCUGCAUACUACACAAUAUAUGUGAAAUCAAAGGUGAUGAGUUGCUGGAGCCAUUGGAAAGUCCUCCAGCAGUUGAAAACCAGAAUGCCUCAGCCAGGCCAAGGGUGCCAUUAUCAGAGGCUGGACUAACUAAGAAAGCGUGCCAGAUAAGGGCUGCUUAUUGCUCUUAUUUUGAAAAGAAUCCUCUGUAA